AUGGAGGACAACGGCAAUAAAUCUGUGCAACACGAGAGACGAGUGGUAACCCCGAAUAACUUGAGAAGUUCAAUAUGGAAGCACUUCGGGUUUUGGACUGAAAAUAAAAAUAUGAAGAAGAACAAAGUGGUAUGCAAACUGUGCGAUCGCGAGUUUCCAUAUCACAGCAGCACUACAUCUAUGAGGGGACAUAUGCAGCUUCAUCAUCCAGAUGAAUAUAAAGACCUAGAGCGGGAAGAGCCACCUGCUAAACAGCCAAAACUGACUAACUUUUUCCCCCCGUCUGCACCUCUAAAUGCUGCACGGAAAGAGUCUAUAAACUCGAAGCUCGCAAAGUUCAUUUGUAGAGACAUGAGGCCAAUUAGCAUUGUGGAGGGUGAAGGUUUCAUUGAUUUUGUUCGUGAACUUGAGCCGAGAUACAUUAUACCUAGCCGAACCACCGUAACGAAGAACAUUGCGAAAAUAUAUGACACUACUCGUGAAAACAUGCGUCAGAUUUUAAGUGGCAAAAACGUUGCUCUGACUACCGACGGAUGGAGUUCCCUCGCUACAGAGGCAUACAUCACAGUGACAGCACACGUCAUCUCAGAAACUUGGGAAUUCCACGAUUUUGUACUGCAAACGAAGCAGCUGAGAGGUAGCCAUACAGCUGAGAAUGUUGCAGAGUGCAUCACAGGCAUAUUGAGGGAUUUCGCAAUACAGCCUGAUUCAGUUGUUGCAUUCACUACUGAUAAUGCACUUAAUUAUGUUAAUGCUGUGGAGCAGCACCUAGGUGCUGUUAAUAUACCAUGUCUAGCCCACACAAUCAACUUGGCUGUACGCAAAGGGUUAGAUGUCAGAGCCAUAGACACAACUCUAGCAAGGCUAAGAAAAACUGCCUCUCAUUUUUACAGAUCCACUACAGACAGCAGUCUCUUGGAGGAUAAGCAGCGUCUGCUUGGUCUAAAGCCAGAUAAACUAAUCAAUGAUUGUGUGACAAGAUGGAACUCUACAUACGAUAUGAUUUGUAGGGCAUCUGAGCAACAAGCAGCCGUGGCAGCCGUGAUUUUUGACAAAAAAAUGUCUAAUCUAGAACUGACCACAACUGAGUGGCGCCUGGUUGAACAGGUGCGAGAGAGACUUAAACCUUUCAAAGUCGCCACCCAAGCAUUGUCCACAUGCAAAUACCCUACAUCCUCAGCUGUACUGCCUUUGCAACACAUACUUUUGUCUCAAGUUCAAAAAAUCAGGUCAGAGUCAGACGAGAGGUCUUGCUUGAGGGAAAUGGCAUCUAAAAUCGAGGCAGAUUUGAGCAAACGCUAUGACCCCAAAAAGGAAGCGGCAUUUAUGCUUUUGAAUAAAGCGUCUUACCUGGAUCCUAGGUUUCAUCGUUUAAUCCAUAUAACGGAGGAAAAGAAGCAACAGGUGCGCGCAAACAUUAGAGAGGAAUUGUCACUGCAGUCUGACAAUGACGAACCCGUGGAGGCGGAGCCAUGCAGCUCGGGUUCAAGCACGGGAAAGACGGCCUUAACAGCAAUGGGGGAUCUGUUUGGAGACGUAUACUCAAGGGGCUAA